AUGGAGGUGAUUGAAUCGGUAACGCGAACUACCGAGUCAAAAGGGUCGAAGCGGAAGGCUUCUGUGAUAGUACAGGAGCAGGAAGCAAACCCUAUGAAGCGACGAUUGAGGCCUAGGAAACCGGCCGAACCUGACGUUGUCAUUAUGGAUGUGCGACCGUCGCCUAAGGGCCGAAAGAAGACCCAAGCAGCGAAGAAGAUAGCUUUGACGAGGAAACUGUUACCGAAGUACGAGGAGCCCCAGCAAGACACUGGGGGCAGACCUGCCAAGAAUGGUCAGGUCCUAGUUGAACUUGAAGAUACGACGGACAUUCAAACCAAGACGGGCCACCACUCGGUCGCACCGAUUGAGAUUGCUAGCACGGAUGAGGAAGAGCUUUGA